AUUCCGUCUGUCCUGCCGCUCUGUGGAGCUGCUCCUGCUCUCCGCUCGCUGCUCUCUGCUGUGCUGUGUUACUGCAGCCACUUAUGGCUGUUGCUCCUGCAAUCAUUUGCAGACCAAACUGAGUCAGGGAAGUUUCCUCUUUUAACGUAAAGGGUCAAGAAAGUGGAGCAUGGCUAUGAGCAAUGGCAACAACGAUUUUGUGGUUCUGAGCAAUGGCAGCAUUGCAAACAGUGCUACCAACCCUAGUCCCCUCACCCCCUGUGAUGGAGACCUUGCAGUCCAGCAGCUCACACCCAAAGAAGCACCAAGAACAAAAGUGAGUCCAAACGGAUGCCUGCAAGUUAAUGGCACAGUUAAAUCAUCCUUUCUGCCUUUAGACAACCAAAGAACGCCUCAGAUGUUAUCCCAAUGCUGCCAUCCUUGCCUAUACCAUCACCCUUUGACUAGCCAUAACGGUCACCAAGAGUGCCAUCCUGAGGCUGGCUCCACAGCACCUUCUGCUUUGGCCUCGUGUUGCAUGCAGCCACACUCAGAGUAUUCUGCAUCUCUUUGUCCAAACCAUUCACCUGUGUAUCAGACUACGUGCUGUCUUCAGCCCUCUCCAUCCUUCUGCCUGCAUCAUCCAUGGCCUGACCAUUUUCAGCAUCAGCCUGUGCAACAGCACAUAGCCAACAGAAGACCAUCCAGACCUUUCAAGUUACCAAAAAGUUAUGCGGCCCUCAUAGCCGAUUGGCCCGUGGUGGUCUUGGGCAUGUGCACUGUGUUCAUCGGGGUCUGUGCCUUGGUUGGAGUCAUCGUGCCAGAGCUCCCUGACUUCUCUGAUCCAUUGCUGGGUUUUGAACCACGAGGGACUGCAAUAGGCCAGAGACUGGUCACUUGGAAUAACAUGGUGAAAAAUACAGGCUACAAAGCAACAUUAGCAAAUUAUCCCUUUAAAUAUGCAGAUGAACAAGCCAAAAGCCAUCGGGAUGAUAGAUGGUCAGAUGAUCAUUAUGAAAGAGAGAAAAGAGAAGUUGACUGGAACUUCCACAAGGACAGCUUUUUCUGCGAUGUUCCAAGUGACCGAUAUUCCAGAGUAGUGUUUACUUCAGCUGGAGGGGAGACAUUAUGGAAUUUACCUGCAAUUAAAUCGAUGUGCAAUGUAGAUAAUUCAAGGAUCAGGUCUCACCCCCAGUUUGGUGAUCUCUGCCAGAGGACCACUGCUGCCUCCUGCUGCCCCAGCUGGACGCUGGGGAACUACAUCGCCAUUCUGAACAACAGAUCAUCCUGUCAGAAAAUCGUCGAGCGAGAUGUUUCUCAUACCUUGAAGCUGCUUCGGACCUGCGCCAAACACUACCAAAAUGGCACUCUGGAGCCAGACUGCUGGGACAUGGCGGCCAGAAGAAAGGAUCAGCUCAAGUGCACCAACGUGCCACGAAAGUGUACCAAGUACAAUGCCGUGUACCAGAUCCUCCAUUACCUGGUGGACAAAGACUUUAUGACCCCAAAGACAGCUGACUACACCAUGCCAGCGUUAAAGUACAGCAUGCUCUUCUCUCCCACCGAGAAAGGGGAGAGCAUGAUGAACAUUUACCUGGACAACUUCGAAAACUGGAACUCUUCUGAUGGCAUCACCACCAUCACCGGGAUCGAGUUUGGGAUCAAACACAGUUUGUUUCAGGAUUACCUUCUGAUGGAUACCGUGUAUCCUGCCAUAGCCAUUGCCAUUGUCCUUCUAGUCAUGUGUGUCUACACCAAGUCCAUGUUCAUCACUCUGAUGACAAUGUUUGCAAUCAUCAGUUCCUUGAUUGUUUCCUAUUUUCUCUACCGCAUAGUAUUUAACUUUGAAUUCUUUCCGUUUAUGAACCUCACCGCACUCAUUAUUUUGGUUGGAAUCGGAGCAGACGAUGCUUUUGUCUUGUGUGAUGUUUGGAACUACACCAAAUUUGACAAGCCCCAUGCAGAAACUUCGGAAACCGUGAGCAUCACCUUGCAACAUGCUGCCCUCUCCAUGUUUGUCACUAGUUUUACCACGGCCGCUGCCUUUUAUGCCAACUAUGUUAGCAACAUUACAGCCAUCAGGUGCUUUGGGGUUUAUGCGGGGACGGCUAUUUUGGUGAAUUACGUUUUGAUGGUCACGUGGCUUCCAGCCGUAGUUGUGCUGCAUGAGCGAUACCUUCUCAACAUAUUCACUUGCUUCAAAAAGCCCCAGCAGCAAAUAUACGAUAACAAAAGCUGCUGGACGGUAGCUUGCCAGAAGUGCCACAAAGUACUUUUUGCCGUCUCAGAAGCAUCUCGCAUUUUUUUUGAAAAAGUAUUGCCAUGCAUCGUCAUUAAGUUUCGCUACCUUUGGCUGUUCUGGUUCCUUGCCUUAACUGUAGGGGGGGCCUACAUCGUGUGCAUCAAUCCAAAGAUGAAACUACCCUCGUUGGAGUUAUCUGAGUUCCAGGUCUUCAGGUCCUCUCACCCUUUUGAACGUUACGACGCUGAGUACAAAAAGCUCUUCAUGUUUGAGCGUGUCCACCACGGAGAGGAGCUCCACAUGCCCAUAACCAUUAUCUGGGGCGUGUCCCCCGAAGACAACGGCAAUCCACUCAAUCCCAAGAGUAAAGGGAAGUUGGCCUUAGAUAGCAGUUUUAACAUUGCUAGCCCGGCCUCCCAGGUCUGGAUUUUGCACUUCUGUCAAAAGCUGAGAAAUCAAACGUUCUUUUACCAGACUGAUGACCAGGACUUCACCAGCUGCUUCAUCGAGACAUUCAAGCAGUGGAUGGAAAACCAGGACUGCGACGAGCCUGCCCUGUACCCGUGCUGCAGCCACUGGAGCUUCCCCUAUAAGCAAGAGGUUUUCGAGCUGUGCAUCAAGAGAGCCAUCAUGGAGCUGGAGAGGAGUACGGGGUACCAUUUGGAUAGCAAGACCCCGGGGCCCAGGUUUGAUAUCAAUGAUACUAUCAGGGCGGUGGUGCUGGAGUUCCAGAGUACCUACCUCUUCACAUUGGCUUAUGAAAAGAUGCACCAGUUUUAUAAGGAGGUGGACUUGUGGAUUGCCAAUGAGCUCAGUUCUGCCCCUGAGGGCCUCAGCAAUGGCUGGUUUGUCAGCAAUCUGGAAUUCUAUGAUCUCCAGGAUAGCCUCUCUGAUGGCACCCUCAUUGCCAUGGGGCUCUCCGUUGCUGUUGCAUUUAGCGUCAUGCUGCUUACCACUUGGAACAUCGUCAUAAGCCUUUACGCCAUCAUUUCAAUCGCUGGGACCAUAUUUGUCACUGUCGGUUCUCUUGUCCUGCUGGGCUGGGAGCUCAACGUUUUGGAGUCUGUCACCAUUUCAGUCGCGGUUGGCCUGUCUGUAGAUUUCGCUGUCCAUUAUGGGGUUGCUUACCGCUUGGCCCCGGAUGCCGACCGGGAAGGGAAGGUGAUCUUCUCUCUGAGUCGCAUGGGCUCUGCCAUUGCCAUGGCCGCGCUGACCACCUUCGUGGCCGGGGCCAUGAUGAUGCCCUCCACGGUUCUGGCAUACACCCAGCUGGGCACCUUCAUGAUGCUCAUCAUGUGCAUCAGCUGGGCUUUUGCCACCUUCUUCUUCCAGUGCAUGUGCCGGUGCCUUGGGCCGCAGGGUACCUGUGGUCAGAUCCCUUUACCCAAAAAACUCCAGUGCAGUGCCUUCUCCCAUGCCUUGUCUACCAGCCCUGGUGACAAGGGACAAAACAAAACACAUACCAUGAAUGCUUAUCAUUUAGAUCCCAGGGGCCAAAAAUCUGAAAUGGAGCAUGAGUUUUAUGAAUUAGAACCUCUGGCAUCCCACAGCUGUACUGGCUCUGAGAAGCCCUCUUAUGAAGAGACCCACAUCUGCUCUGAAUUUUUCAACAGCCAGGCAAAGAAUGCAGGGAUGCCCAUGCAUGCAGCUUACAAUAGUGAACUCAGCAAAAGCACCAAAAAUGAAGCUAGCUCUGCCUUGUUACAGCCCUCUCUCGAACAGCACCCCAUGUGUCACUUCUUCACUCUGAAUCAGAGGUGUAGCUGCCCCAAUGCCUACAAACAUUUGAAAUAUGGCCCCCACGCUUGCCAGCAGAUGGGUGACUGCUUGUGCCACCAGUGUGCUCCUACUGCGAGCGGCUUUGUGCACAUCCAAAAUGGCACGACACCUCUGAAGGCUGCACACCAAGCCCCCGAGGGCUUCGUGCAUGCCAUCCCACACAUCCACCACUGUCCCUGCCUUCAGAGCAGAGGGAAACCACCUGGAAUGCAGAAUUCUCUACCCAGGAGUUUUUUCCUCCACCCAGUGCAGCACAUCCAGGCCCAAGAAAAAAUUGGUAAGACCAGCGUACACAGUCUUCAGAGCAUAGAGGAGCAUCUUCCAGAGAUGGCAGAGCCAUCACCGUUCGUCUGCAAAAGCACCGGAUCUUUACAAAAAGCGUGUCGCGAUCCUGAGAAUAACCAAAGGGGCCUCUGUAAAAACAGAGACAUCGGGAAUCUUGAGGGCAGUGGAGGGGCCGAAAACCAGGACUCCAGUUUAGAGAAUGAGACCCACAAGGCAGAAAGGAAUGUAGAGCCAAGCCCAUCACAGACUGAUGUCAUUGUGAACUCAGAACAUUUUAAUCAGAACAAACCAAAAUUUAUAUUUAACCAUAGAAUGAAGGAGGCUGGUUAUAGGUCCUGCCCCAACAAUCCACAAAGUUGUGGCAGAAUUGUGAGAGUCAAGUGCAAUUCUGUGGACUGCCAAAUGCCAAACCUUGAAGCCAAUGUGCCUGCUGUAUUAACACACUCGGAACUUUCUGGUGAAAGUUUGUUAAUAAAAACACUUUAA